CUACUUAGUUCUAAUUUAGUGCUAGUCGAAUUACCAUCUCCUCCUUUUUCUGACGGAGUGAUCCAAGUGAAACCGAAUUCGAGCGGAAGGCGCGCGAUCGCCCCCACAAGGAUAUUUAAAUAUUGCACAGCGGAGUAUUCUAAUAAUUGGCGAUUCGAAUAAUUAUUGACGAUCGCUAUUGUGUUUUUUUUUUAAUUUGGUGUGUUGCCAAUUUGGAUUGACCGGAAACAAACCUCAGCCGAAGUGUCGAAUGUAUCUGGAGUGAAUUUGUCACAGUGAUUGAUUGCGCCAGACGCAAAUGUUACGCGCAAAUCAUAUCAAGAUUGCACUGGGUUUGAUUGCUGACAAGUGAAUAAGCCAAUAAAUGUAUGACCGUAUAUCGCAAGCUGUUUCCGUUGGAAAGCAACAGUGACGAGUGUUUAGCGGAAAAAAGUGUGUUUAUUUACCUCGCAGCGGUGUGCUGAUUAGUCAAGUGUUUUGCGUGAUUUUUCUGGCCCAAAAGGAAAGGCUAAAUUGUCUAUAAAUUUUUCAUUAUUCACACACGGGUGUUCUCGCAAAAUGUUCAACCUUGUUUGCUCUGGCAGUAGUUUCUGUAGUCGGAAAAGAAACGUUCUCAACACUCAAAGGAAAUAUUUCACAAUGCUGCUAAUUUUUCUGCUCUACAUCGUGGCCCAAGUACAAUCCUGUGGACCCGGUCGUGGCAUUGGUGGACCCCGAAGAACCCGAAAAUUGCUCCCGUUGGUGUUCAAACAGCACGUGCCGAAUGUUAGUGAGAAUUCGUUGGGUGCUUCCGGAAUGCAGGAGGGACCCAUAUCCCGAAACGACAGCAAGUUCCGCAACCUGGAAACGAACUACAAUAAGGAUAUAAUAUUCAAAGAUGAAGAAGGCACAGGAGCUGAUCGCGUCAUGACCCAGCGUUGUAAGGAAAAGCUCAAUAUCCUAGCCGUAUCAGUAAUGAACCAAUGGCCUGGCCUGCGUUUGCUGGUCACCGAAGGUUGGGACGAAGAUCACAUGCAUGCCCGAGAUUCACUGCAUUACGAGGGCCGUGCCGUGGACAUAAUGACAUCUGACAAAGACCGCUCAAAAAUCGGGAUGUUAGCUCGAUUAGCCGUGGAAGCGGGCUUCGAUUGGGUGUUCUACGAAAGCCGCAGCCACAUCCACUGUUCUGUCAAAUCAGAUUCAUCACAGUCAAACCAUGCCAGCGGAUGUUUUACCGGGGACAGCACUGUCCAAACCGCGGACGGAGAAAAGCGGAAGCUAAGCGAACUCAAAAUUGGCGAGAAGGUGCUCAGUGUUGACAGUGCUGGAAAUGCCAUCUACAGUGAAGUCAUGCUCUUCAUGGACCGGGAUACCCAUCAAAGCCGGGAAUUCGUACACAUAGAGGCCGACGGAGGAUCUCAGCUCUCUGUGACACCGGCCCAUCUAGUGAUGGUGUGGCAGAUGCUACUCGGUGAAACACGUUUUAUAUUUGCCGAUCGCGUCCAGGAAGGCGACUACAUUUUGGUCAACAUCAACAACAAUUUGGAACCACGUAAGGUGCUUCGGAUAUCGACGAAAUUAUCACGAGGUGUGUAUGCUCCUCUCACCCUGGAAGGCACUGUGGUGGUCGAUUCGAUAGCCGCCUCAUGUUAUGCACUCAUUGAUAGCCAGAAGGUGGCACACCUUAGCUUCCUCCCAUAUCGCAUGGCACAGAAGUUUAUGAAUCUAUUUAAAUUUAGUAGUCAAAGUCAUAGUUUAAGUUUACCCCGACACGAGGGGAUACAUUGGUUCGCAAAAACAUUGUACACCAUGAAAGAUUAUAUCCUGCCGUCGGAGUGGCUCUAUCACUAGUAUGCAAUGACAGGUUUCCAUUCGAGUGCCUUUAAAACACACUUUUGUACAUUUUGUAAAUUUUGUUAAUCACUAUGGAAUAACUUGAAUCGUUUCCCUGAAGGCAAAUCAACAAGAGAAAUGGUGUGAGAGAUAUACUUAAAUUAUAUGCGAAUGAACGAGACUAUAAGCGAGACAGAAUGUGUAGCCCCAAUCAACGCGCAAAAACAAAAGCUCGAACGGGGAAGGUAAAGUAAUUUAAUUUGCUUAGCAACCUUCGGAAUGUUUGUGAAACGCUCCUUGAUAUUUAAAGACAAGUAAAGCAGCUUGACUAAGAACUACGGUAAGGUGGUUUCGUCUGAAGCGAUGUCUAGUUUUUGUAAGUAGUACCAAUAUCAAAUAAUUUAUUUUAGUUGUAUUGUAAAAAGCUUUUUUUUAAUUAAUCGAUGAAUCAUGAUCCAAAAAACUUUAUUGUUGAUAUUGUUUGAGAAAAUUUGGCCAGUGAAUAAUCUGCUUUUCUUAUCAAACACAAAACGCUUUGUGAAAGAAGAAGAAAAAUAUAACAAUUGUAACAGCGAAGGAAUAAGCUAGUACGAGAAGAAAUAUUUAUAAAGUAGAAUUACGUGACUACAAGAAAAGUGAUAUCUAAUUAUAGUUUCAGUCUAACCUAAUAUAAUUUAUAAACAAAAAGCAACAACUCAAAGCACUCGUUUGCUUUGUUUGAGAUGCAUAGAGGGCGUCGUUAAAGCUUGACGAUAUUUUUCAUUCUCAACCAUGAAAUAUUUCAACGCGAGAAGCUGACAAACAAACAGAUACGGAAACAUUUCCUAUUGUGGACACGAACAUCGAACAUAUGCUUUCAUACGAAAUAUAUAUUCCUGUUAGCAUUAUUACCAGUAUGAAUAAACACAAACGAUUUCUACAGAUUUCCCAACAAACGAUGCAUUCUCUGUAAAUAUAGUAAAGCAUGAAACAUUCACCACUCCAAAGUGACGAGUUUGUAAAAACUAAAUUAAAAUUGUUAUUCAUACAGAAA